GUCCGAGACGAGACGCACAUAAGCCACUUCAAAGCAUUUGGUUGAAUAAGUUAAUGGAACUUAUUAUUUUCUUUAGAAUUGUAGCAAUUUAAAUAUUUCAUUUAAAAUGAAUCUUUCCAGAUUUUUAUUAUCAUUUGUCUUUUUACACGUUUCGACAAAUCAUCUAACAGACUAUAAGAGGGAGGUUUUAAUUACAAACGUACACAUCGAGCUUGCUUACAAUAUGAAUAAUUUUACUGUAGGAAACAAAAUUAUCGCAAAAUACUAUGCAUACCUUUACAUUUCACAAGAAGCUAUAGAAAUUCAAAAAGCUUUGCAAAGUAUAAUUACAACUGAAUUAGGGAUUGGUGUUCCUGCAGUUCCUGACCAAAUUUUUGAAGAAUUAGUUUUGACACAACUUGGAAAAGAGAGAAGACGUUUUACUGGGAAAGCUUUAAAAGAUUUGAUGAGCCAUUUAUUAACAAAUGUUGAUAAUUUGACCGCACUUGUUGAAGUGAGAAGAAUUAACCCUACAGUAGCGUUAAAUAGAAGAAUGGUCCGUUCAUCAAAUAGCAGUAAACCGGAAGGCUCUUUAUUAUGGAUGUGUCGUUUACUAGGAUUGUUCACGAGUACAAAAUUUCCAAUAUCAUUUAUAAAAAAUAUUAACACUGGCCAUAAAAAAACUUGUUUCCUGGAGGACGAAAUUACAGCCAAUAAAAUAUACAGAGAAAUUAACGGCGUAUGGUGGCAAGUAAAUGUCAAUAACAUUGAGGAUAAACUACAACUACUAGAGAAACAGCUAUGAUAAUUUAAGUCAGAAAUAUAAUGAUAUAACCCUUCUAAAACUAUGUAGAACCAUUAUUAUUAUUAUAUUACAAUAGUAUUACCAUUCUGCACUAAUAUUUAUUAAUUAUUUUCAUGUAUUUCAAUAA